CGGGUCCUGGAGACACCGAGGUACUGCAGGCCCUUGUAGCUUUGCCCACAGUUAACAUGGCUGCGACUAGUUGUUUCCCGAGACGACCCUGAGCAAAGGAAGACAGGGCACUGUGUGACUUUGCCCAGGUCCCGUCAGCCAUGGCGCUUCAGCCGCGGUUCUGGAAAUGUCUGUCAGUUUGCAGGAAACUGGAGUGUGGGUUCGCAGCCCUCUCAACCAGUUCCGUGCCGGCCGUGCAGCCCGACGUGGAGACUAAGGAAAACGAAGCGGUGGCCCCGGAGUUCACCAAUCGGAACCCUCGGAAUUUGGAGCUCUUAGGGGUAGCUCGGAAAGAACGGGGCUGGGCUACCGUGUGGCCUAACCGUGAGUUCUGGCACAGGUUGCGAGUUGUAAAGACUCAGCAUCACGUAGAAGCAUUUGUUGAGCAUCUUAACGGCCAAGUUGUUGUUUCAGCAUCCACUCGAGAAUGGGCUAUUAAAAAACACCUUUAUAGUACCAGAAACGUGGUGGCUUGUGAGAGCAUUGGGCGAGUGCUGGCACAGCGGUGCUUAGAAGCAGGAAUCAACUUCAUGGUCUACCAGCCCACCCCGUGGGAGGCGUCCUCAGACUCGAUAAAACGUUUACAAAAUGCCAUGACAGAAAGUGGCGUGAUGCUACGGGAGCCUCGAAGAAUCUAUGAAUGAAAUAGAAGUGUUAACUGUUGUUGGAAGUGUAAUAUAAAACUACCAUCUAUAGCCGCCAGAAGGAAGGAAGGAAGGAAGAAAAGAAGGAAGGAAGAAGCACUUGGAAGGAGAACCAGACUGAAAGCUUCAUAGCAAUAACGUGACUGAAAACUUAUUUAAAGUUAGCUUCUUUCCACUUCUGUGUUUGCUUGUGUGAUUUCAUUGUUUUAAUCAAGGGCUUAAGGUGUCCUCAUUCUUGGACUUGAGAUGUAUUUAAGGAAAGUAGUCACUAUUCAAAGAACAAAUUAAAGUGUUUAUAACAAACUGUGAA